AUGUCCAGCAAGUUCACCUAUGAGCGCCUCGACAAGAACACGGCGAUGCUCGUCGUCGUCGAUCAACAAGAGGGCUUGUACCAGCUCGCGCGCGAUCGCGACCCCAUGCACUAUAAGAACGAUAUCAUCGCCCACGCCGCGCUCGGCCAAGUUUUCAACUUGCCGACCGUGAUCACUUCGAGCGAGGAUACCGGUACCAACGGUCCCAUUCCUCCCGAGGUCAUCGCGAUGCAUCCCACUGCACCUUUCGUGAAGCGUGAGGGUGAGGUGAAUGCAUGGGAUAACGCCGACUUCCGCAAGGCUGUUGAGGCUACCGGCCGCAAGCAAGUUAUCAUCGCCGGUAUUACUACCGACGUCUGCAUCGCUUUCCUCGCCCUCUCCCUUCGCGACGCGGGCUACUCAGUCUGGCACAACGCUGACGCGAGCGGCACAUUCGACGUCCGCACAGCGAACGACGCCAACGACCGUAUGCGCGCGGCCGGCGUUCACGUCCUAUCCUCGUUCGCCAUGGCCUGCGAGCUUAUGCGCGAUUGGCGCGCGACCCCGGGCGCAAAGGAGAUGAUGCCUUAUUUCGAUAGCUAUCUCCCGGCCUAUGGCUUCCUCGCACGCGCGCAUGACGCUGCGAUGCAAGGUGGGACGCCGUCGGGACUUCCGGCGCCGCUUUGA